AUGCCCCACCCCGGGCACCGGCCGCUCCUCGCCCUCCUGCUGCUCCUGGCCUCUCUGGGCUCCAGCCAAGGCAGUGGCUCACCUGGGCUGUGGAGGCAUCUUCAAGCCCGCAAUGCCACCAGGUCAGCCUUGCUGGAGCUGUCCGACUACCUGCUGACCCACUAUAAGAAGGGCGUCCGGCCUGUCUAUGACUGGAGGAGGCCAACCAACGUGUCCAUCGACGUUAUGGUCUAUGCUGUGCUCAGCGUGGAUGAAAAGAACCAGGUGCUUACGACCUACAUCUGGUACCGGCAGUACUGGAUCGACGAGUUCCUCAUGUGGAAUCCGGAAGAUUUUGACAGCAUUACCCAGCUGUCCAUCCCUACGAACUGCAUUUGGAUCCCAGAUAUCCUCAUCAAUGAGUUCGUGGACGUGGGCAAGUCUCCAGACAUUCCCUAUGUGUACGUGCGGCACCACGGGGAGGUCCAGAACUACAAGCCCAUCCAGGUGGUCACCGCCUGUAGCCUGGACAUCUACAACUUUCCCUUCGACGUGCAGAACUGCUCGCUCACUUUCACCAGUUGGCUGCACACCAUUCGUGACAUCAACAUCUCCCUGCUGCGGAAGCCGGAAAAUGUGAAACAGGACAAGACCGUCUUCAUGAACCAGGGCGAGUGGGAGCUCCUGUGCGUGCUGCCCCAGUUCCAGGAGUUCAGCAUCGAGAGCAACAACAGCUACGCGGAGAUGAAGUUCUACGUGGUCAUCCGUCGACGGCCCCUCUUCUACACGGUCAGUCUGCUGCUGCCCAGCAUCUUCCUCAUGAUCAUGGACAUCGUGGGCUUCUACCUGCCUCCGGACAGCGGCGAGCGGGUCUCCUUCAAGAUCACCCUCCUCCUGGGCUACUCCGUCUUCCUGAUCAUCGUGUCGGACACCCUGCCGGCCACGGCCAUUGGCACCCCGCUCAUCGGAGUGUACUUCGUGGUGUGCAUGGCCCUGCUGGUGAUCAGCCUGACGGAGACGAUCCUCAUCGUGCGGCUGGUGCACAGACAGGAGCUGCAGAGGCCCGUGCCGCCCUGGCUUCGCCGUCUGGUCCUGGAAAGGGCCGCCUCUCUGUUCUGCCUCCAGCAGCCGCCCCCUCGCAUGGCCCGACAAGCAGCUGAUGACAGCAACUCCAGCAAGAUGAACCACUAUGGCAAGGGGCUGGGGACGGGGCUGCGGGAAGGCGAGAAGGCGCCCUCGGAGGACGACAGCCCCCCGCCCCCCCCGAGGGAGUCCUCCUUGGCCGUGCGGGGGAUGCUGCAGGAACUGGCCGCCAUCCGGCGCUUCCUGGAGAGGCGAGAAGAGUGUCGGGACAUCAGUCGGGACUGGCUGCGCGUGGGCUCCGUGCUGGACGGCCUGCUGUUCCGGGUCUACCUCUUCGCCGUCCUGGCCUACGGCGUCACACUGGGUGCCCUCUGGUCCGUAUGGCAGUAUGCGUGA